GCUAGCCGCCCCAUUGGGCCUCGAGACACCAGACGUCACUCGCAGCCGUUGGCCAUCAGAAAUUCGGCUCGCUUUUCCCCAGUUUCCAUUUGCAUCGGACCCGUCAAUCCAUCCCAAAGAAAAACCGCCACUCGCCGAAAUAGAGAUAAAACACAGCACAACACAACACAACAGAGCCGCCAGAUCACAUCGCACCAAAUCGAGAAACAAUCACCACACUCGGGCGAGUGCCCAUUCGCACGUCGCUUGCAUAUUGCUGCCGGCCCAGAUACACCAUCGUAUCUUUCCAUCGUAGCAUCAGCUAAUUGUUGAUCGGCUUUUGGCUGCCGACUGCCGGCAAUAAGCCUCGAAUGGCUGGUGGCAAGAAAAAGAAGAAGCCGGCGGCCAACAAUCGGGGGUUCGCGACAACAUCGAUUGCUUCGAAGCCAAGGGUUGUAGACCCCGCUGAGAUUGAUGAGGCUCCUGGCAAUUCCAAGCCUGAGGGCGCCCCUCCCACCACGACGGGAGCUACCCCACAGGCCGCCAGCUCGGGCUCGGGCUCCCUAGCACCGAAUGUGGCAGGACAGGGGCAGGAGCUGAGCCCGGAAGAGUUUGAGAGACAACUCGAGGAAUCAGAGCUUCAGCUUCUUGUCGACAAGCACGCCAUAAAGGUCCGCCGCGACGCCCUGCGUCAGCGCAGCAGGCUGGAGACCGAUCGCCGCCUUCUCCGCGGCCAGGCGGAGUCGCUCAACACACGAAAAUGGCUGCCACCCGAGAUCAUGCAGCAGCUACUAGAUUUAAUCAAGGCCGAGAGUCGCUUCGGAAACUCGGGCCUUGGUUCGGAGUUCUCAUCGACCGGCAAGCUGCCGUCCGAGGAGGACCUGAUUGUGAGGUUAUGGACCCUCAAAGAGACGCUGAGCGGUGCUGGCUUCCCUGAGGAAAAGAUACCUCCGCUUUACGAACACAUUCUGGACAUCGCCUCAAGCAUCGCGUCUGUCAAGGGGGACUCAAUAUGGGGCCUGGACGAGGCAAUGGCUUGGUUUGCGCGUGAAUGCGGCAGUGAAGAGCUGCCAGGCUACGAGAAACCGACGCGGACCGGGGGCAAGUCGGCCACAGAAACACCCUUUGACACACCUUUGCCAUCUGGAGCGUCAACCCCACGUCUGCUGGAGGUAGAGGACAAGCAGAAGCGGCGGAAGGGCCGCACAUCCACAGACAAGUCUCCCCGGGAAUCAUCACCUAGGAAGAUUACUGUGACCUACGACAGUGACAUUGAACCCGACGAGCUUGGGCCGCAGUACUUGGAUACUCGGGCCAAGCUAUUUGUUCUUCAGCGGCCGCUGCUGGACGCACCAAAGGGAAAGUCCAAAUCCCUCGAAGCCGGCUCAAACCAAGGAGCCAAAGACGAAAUGGAGGUGGCGAGACUCAAGGCCAAAUUAGCAAAGAUCGAGGGUGACAUUCUUUUCGAGAAAGCGACCGCCGAUAUGCAAUGGCGGGAGGACAAGAUCGCUCUCGAGAGGGAAUACGCCGCGAACAAAAAGCGGCAAGAUGAAGAGGCUGCGGCCGCGGCCGAGGAGCAGCGUCAGGUGGACAAAAAUCAGUCUGCUGAGGACGAGGUUGCUCGUGAAGCAGAGAAAAUGGCAGCGGAAAUCCUUGCGCAGGCUAGUGAGGACGAGGAUGGGGCUCUUGCCGAUCUCUUUGCCAGUCUGCCGGUGACCGAGGUUGACCCCUCGACUGGGGAGUCGGCCACCUUCAUCAAUGGCGCCGACGGGAUAAAGCUAAAAGUCCGGGACUUUGGUAAAUGGACUGGCCUGAGUCCAAUGAGGGCCUUGGAGGAGGCUUGUCGCAGCAAGGACUCAGGGGCCAAGAUAUCUUAUAGGUCUGUCUCCGAGGCGUCGUUCGCGCACCGCCACCUUGUCCAUGUCGUCUGGACUAAACCGCAAGAAGCCCUUUCGACUACCGACAUCCCCGACGUGGAGGUCGAAAUGUACCCAACUCAGUUUGUGGCCAAGAUGAAGUCGGUUGCAACGCCGGAGAAACAGCAGUCAGAAGCUUUCAUCGCUACUGUGGCCCUGUUUCUGGUGUCUGGGUCAACUUCCAAGGAGGAGAAGGCGUCGAUGAGAUUGCCCGCCGUAUGGCGCGAUCUGUGGGCCGAACUUGCUGAAAUGAAGAAGAGCAAGGCUGAUGCGAUCGACCGGACCAUCGUGAAGGGGCUGCGGCACCUGGUACGGAAGCGACAGGACCGAGAGCUGGAGGAUGGAGUCAUUCUCCAGGGGGCGUUCCGUGGCCGAGGGGCGAGGACGGCGGUGGCAGACUCGGCCGAGAACUCGGACCAAGACCGUGGCAAAGUAGUGGCGGCCGGGCCCGAAUACUACCAAAAGAUCUGGUGCGACAAGAGCAGCACCCCCAGGUUUCAGACGAUGAUGCGGUCGCGAAUGCAGCUUCCCAUGUGGGGAUUCCGUGACCAGGUCCUGUCGGCUGUGGAUCAGCAACAGGUCAUUAUCGUCUGCGGCGAGACGGGCUGUGGCAAGAGCACACAAGUGCCCUCGUUUCUGCUCGAGCACCAGCUUUCUCAGGGGAAGCCCUGCAAGGUCUACUGCGCGCAACCCCGACGUAUCUCUGCCGUGUCGCUGGCGCGCCGUGUCAGCGAGGAGCUCGGCGAGGGCCGGAACGAUCUGGGCACCCCGCGCUCGCUCGUAGGCUACUCGAUCCGCCUCGAGGCAAACACAUCGCGGGAGACGCGGCUCGUGUAUUCGACGACGGGAAUCAUCAUGCGCAUGCUUGAGAGCUCCAACGACCUCCGAGACAUCACCCACCUUGUGCUGGACGAGGUGCACGAGCGCUCUAUAGACAGCGACUUCCUCCUGAUCGUGCUCAAGAAGCUGCUGGUGCGACGAAAGGAUCUCAAGGUCGUACUCAUGUCGGCCACGGUCGAUGCCGAACGGUUCUCCCAAUACCUUGGCGGGGCGCCGGUGCUGAAUGUCCCCGGACGCACGUUCCCAGUCCGGGUCAGCUACCUGGAGGACGCCGUUGAGUUGACAGGCUAUACUGUCGACCAGCAGAAUAAGGUGCGCAUGACGGAUCUAGACGAUGACGCGCCUGAUGUCGAGCCCGAAAACUCGACCAAGCCCGAGCUGCUCAAGACGCUCAAGCAUUACAUGAAAGGCACUCGCAAUACGCUGUCACAAAUGGAUGAGUAUCAGAUCGAGUUUGAUCUCAUUGUCCAGCUCAUCUCGCGCAUCGCAACGGAUCCCAACUACGAGCAGUUUAGCAAAGCAAUCCUCGUCUUCCUUCCCGGUCUCGCCGAGAUCCGGCAGCUGAACGACUUGCUGCUCGGCGACCGCUUCUUUUCAGACAACUGGCUCGUCUAUCCGCUGCAUUCUAGCAUCGCAACUGAGGAGCAAGAGGCUGCGUUCCUCGUCCCGCCGCCCGGGCUCCGCAAGAUUGUACUCGCGACCAACAUCGCCGAGACGGGCAUUACGAUUCCAGAUGUGACCUGCGUCAUUGACACGGGAAAGCACCGCGAGAUGCGCUUCGACGAGCGCCGGCAAAUGUCGCGCCUGAUCGACACCUUCAUCUCGCGCGCCAACGCGAAGCAGCGUCGCGGACGUGCCGGUCGUGUGCAGGAGGGACUGUGCUUCCACAUGUUCACCAAGUACCGGCAUGACUCCAUAAUGGCAGACCAGCAGACGCCCGAGAUGCUCCGCCUCUCGUUGCAGGACCUGGCCAUCCGCGUAAAGAUCUGCAAGAUCGGAGGCAUCGAAGAGACUCUGAGCGAAGCACUCGACCCUCCGUCGGCGAAGAACAUCCGGCGCGCAGUAGAUGCGCUCGUGGAUGUUCGCGCCUUGACACAGAGCGAGGAGUUGACACCACUAGGAAACCAGCUUGCGCGAUUACCCCUGGAUGUGUUCCUAGGGAAGCUGAUUCUGCUCGGCACCAUCUUCAAAUGCCUCGACAUGGCCAUCACUGUUGCGGCCAUUCUAUCGGCCAAGUCUCCUUUUGUUGCGCCUUUUGGCCAGCGAGCGCAAGCUGACAACGCGCGCCAGUCAUUUCGGUGCGGCGAUUCAGAUCUACUGACGGUUUACAACGCUUACCUCUCAUGGAAGCGAGUCUGCUUGGCGGCGACGAAUAAUGGAGGCCAGGAGUUCCAGUACUGUCGGAAGAACUUCCUUAGCCCUCAGACACUGGCCAACAUCGAGGACCUCAAAGGCCAGCUGUUGGUUUCGCUUGUGGACUCGCGCUUCCUAUUGUUGACGGAGGAGGAGAGGAAGAACUUGAAGCAGCUUCGGUACGCGUCUGGCGGUAACCGGCGCCGCAAGCAAGUCUUCUUCGAGAUGCCACAGCGCGUGAACGUGAACAGCGACAACGACACCAUCUGGCAAUCCGUCAUCGCCUGGAGUUUCUAUCCCAAGUUGCUUGUGCGAGACGUGGCCGGUGGCAAGGGCCUCCGCAACGUCGGGAACAAUCAAAAUAUCAGCCUCCACCGGUCAAGCGUCAAUAAAGGCCACAACGAGAUCAGGUGGCUGUCGUAUUACAACAUGAUGCAGUCGACGAAAUCGUUCCUGAACGCGCACGAGACCACAGCCGUUGAGGCUUUCCCUAUCGCGCUUCUCUGCGGCGACGUUCGAUGUGACAUGUACUCGGGUGUCUUCGUCAUGGACGGCAACCGGGCACGCUUUACGGCGCCUGACUGGAAGACGAUGUUGGCGAUCAAGGCCCUUCGGGCGCGGCUACGGGAGCUGUUGACGCGUUCGUUCAAGAACCCAGGCAAGCUGCCGACUCCGCAACACGAAAAGUGGCUGGAAAUGUGGCAGCGCAUCUUCACACAGGAGUUUACCACGCGGGAUGUGGUCAAGCCUACUGGCAGCUAGGUGGCGGCGCCGAGUCCAGUUGAGUCUUGACUGUGCCGACACGCAACACGGGGCCUCAUGAUCAUCUGCCGCCGAGAUGCUCAACCCAUAUCCGACUCGCCUUUCUAUUGUGUUUUCUUGUUCUUCCUCUCUACACUCUAUCGCCCAAAUACAACACGUGUAUGUGCGGUUUUGCCCUCGCCGUUUUAUUCGCAGCUUGCAAAGUCUUUUUAUCCAUUACCAAAGGGCUUUACUACAUGCGAGAGGCAGAGGGGAGCGCGAAUCCCGCACAUGUCUGAUGGAUAACAAUGGCCGAGGGGGAUGAGAUGGUUGGGUACUUGCCCCUUGGGGAAUAUGUGUAAGAGAUUUGUAGGUGAUACCUGGUAGCCCUUCUUCUUAUUCAUCGAAGUUCCGGUUGCCUCUAGCUUGUAUUCAUAGCGCCCCAAUUCGGGAUCAUGGUUCCAUGUCCCAGGACGUGUGGGAAAACACACCGGGUAUCCUCAGAACGAGAAUCCAACAAACGCAUCAAUAGUUGCAAAUGCCACCGACCUCG